AUGGCCAUGGGAAGCAAAUCUGUAAAAGGGAAUCAAAGAAAAAUAAGAGGUGGCCACCCCACCCCCACCUGCCCAAGAUAUGCAGAUUCACAGUUUCAUGUUCUUGCUGUUGAUGACAGCAUCAUUGAUAGAAAACUGAUUGAAAGACUACUCAAAACCUCAUCUUUUCAAGUUACGACUGUGGAUUCUGGAAGUAAGGCUUUAGAAUUUCUAGGAUUACAUGAAGAAGAUGAUGAAAUUCAUAACUUAAAUCAACCCUCUGUAUCUCCAAAUAUCAAUCAGGAAGUGGAAGUCAAUCUGAUAAUUACCGACUAUUGUAUGCCUGGAAUGACAGGCUAUGAUUUGCUCAAAAAAGUUAAGAAAUCUUCAUCCUUCAAAGAUAUACCGGUUGUCAUCAUGUCAUCGGAGAACGUUCCUUCAAGGAUUAGUAGAUGUUUAGAAGAAGGAGCCGAAGAAUUUUUCUUGAAACCUGUUAGAUUAUCGGAUGUAAACAAAUUGAAACCUCAUAUGAUGAGAACCAAAAUCAAAGAAAUUGAUCAUAUGGAUCAUCAAUAUAAUCAAGAACACGAAAAACAUCAAGAACAAAAUGUAUUGGAAACUAAAGAAGAUGAAUCGACACAACAAUCAAAUGGGAACAAGAGAAAAUCCAUGGAAGAUGGAGAUCUUACGAGACAAAACAAAACCCAAAUUCAAUGGUGGCCAUAUUGUAGAUUUGACUAAUUGCCAAAUAGUCUUCUUUUAAUUUGACUUUUUUUUUUCAAUUUUGACUUUGAAUUACUUUUCUUUGACCCACCUUUUUUACUUUGAGGUUUGUAAAGAGCAAUGAGAGAUCAGCGCAUCUCAAGACUAUACAUAGUUUUACUUGAAAAUAGAAUUUGUAACAAGAUAACAUUAAGUAAAGGUCAACGUCAAUUGAGUCAAAGUCAACUUUUUUACAUCUCGUUUACCUCCAAGUGAAGAUUCAUUGACAAAAUGGAUAAAGUCGGGAUGGGAUUUGCAUGUUCAUGGUGAAAAUGAGAUGUUGAAGCUCAUAACCUUAUGGGAAUUUGUGUUGACUUUUUUUUAGACAAACAACUUUGACAUUGAAAUGAUCAAUCUUGUUCAUCUUCGAUUUAAGUGCGAUAUAAGCACGAUCAAAGAUUGGAAAUGUCAAUCGCUAUAAGUUAACUGUAUUGUGCGACAUUGUGUUUAACGGGUUGGGAUAUUAAUUUCAAUUAAUGUAAUUACAUAGUAUCUUUCAAGUUUCAAG